AUGGCAACAGAGAAUGGAGAGGGAGUGAAUUUACAGAAGACACGCUUUCACAAAGUCCCAGUAAAAUGGAAGUGGACUUUGCAUGCGAAGUGGGCUCUGGCGACCGCGACCACGAACAAGCCAGGAAAUUUAUCCUCUGACGAGAUCAAGGGGUCCCGGAUGCGGUGGGUGACGGUGGGCAUCGCCUACGACGCCCACAUGCGCAACACGGCCAACAUCGGCCCCAACGUCUUCUUCACCUUCACCCUCGCCGGCUUCGUGGAGCUCCCCGCCGACCUGCUCACGAUGCUGUUCAUGGAGAAGCUCGGGCGCCGCCACACCCUCGUCUGGACGGUGGUGGUGGGCGGCCUCUCGUGCCUCGCCGUGGCUGCGACGCCCGCGGGCGAGGACGCAGCCAUCAUGGUUCUAGCGAUGGUGGGGCGGUUCAUGAUCACCAUGGCCAUGAACGUGGGCAUGCAGUAUCAGGUGGAGGUGCUGCCCACAGUCGCUCGGGGGCAGGGGAUGGCGUUCAUUCACACUGUGGGCUUCCUUGCUGCUUUUGUCUCGCCUUAUAUCGUCUACUUGUCCAAAUUCGGUCACCUAGUCCCCUACACGAUUCUGGGCGUGGUGACCAUCGUGGGCGGCUUCGUGUGCGUCUUGUUGCCGGAGACUCUCGACCAGAAGCUCCCCGACAGCCUGCACGACGGAGAGACUUUCUUCAGCGACCAGGCGUAUUGCUACAACCCUUGUGCUAAUUAUCCUCACCCUGUCCCGGCCGGAGAGAAGGAGUUCCUGCCAGAGGAGCCAAUGCCAGACACGCCUCUUCAGGGAUACGCCGACAGCCACAUCUGAGAUAAAUAGAUUUCCCUCGAGGUUUCUGAUGGCGGGGAAUUGUGAAUUGUUGCGCAGAGUUAGGUUUAUGUUGUUGUUGUUGUGUGUGUGUGUGUGUGUGUGCGUGUGUGUGUGUGUGUGUGUGUGUGUGUGUGU